AUGGCUGCAGCUCCAACGGGCAGGAGGCCAACGCCACGAACAUGGCGCCACGACGAGUGGGCCCAUGCGCAUGGCUGGCCUGGCUUGGAUGAGAAGUACUGGCCCUCACUUUCUGAUGCGCACCCCAAGGGCACAUUCUCGAUGCCGCCUGAGCGCCGCAAAGAUCCGUACCGCAAGGGCACGCAGGACCUCAAUUUCCGCUCCCUCCACUCCAACGUUGAUCUGUCCGCAACCAUGUCAAGCCGACGUUGCUGGACGGGCGGCGAUGAGACAACAUUUGACGAGUGGCUCGCGGCGGAGCGGGACCGCGACAACAAGUUCCUCGCAUACAUCGACACCGCCGACGGCAUGGCCGCACUAGCAGCAGUCCGCAAGAAGUUCCCAGGUUUGCCGCAGACGACGAUGCAGUCGGCGGGCGACGUGAUGUGGUUUGUCAGGGAGGCGUCGUCUCCAAACACAUACCUCAGCAGCCUGCUCGACACCAUGGAGUACGAGGCGGCCAUGCUGCCCGUCAUAUCGCCGCACCAACUCUUGCUUCUCGUGCUCUUGACGUCUCCCAGUCGGAGCAUGACCCGCUGCGAAGUCAUGCAUGGAGUCGGAAAGGUGUCCAGGCACUGGGGAGACCAGCCGGCCGACUUUGAGCUCGCCAUGGAGCGGAUCUGGCAUAGCGAAAUCCUCGGAUACAACUGCUCUCAAUGCGUAACGCGUUCCGGCCUUGUCUCUGUCGCCACCACUUGUGAGCGCGUCUUGGCCGUCGGAGAAGAGAAUGCCUUUGCAACAUGCCGUUGGCGGCAGCAGGGCAAGGACCAGCACUUCUUGACACCUCCAUAUCAUCAUGCGAAGCGAUACCCCAAGCUUGGAGCUCCCGAAGCCAAUGAUGAUAGUACAGACCAGGCUGGAAGCGACCAUGUCGUUCUGGUUGAGGACACACCAGGCCCUCGGCGCUUGCAAGAUCUCCCGGCCGAACUCAUUCUGGCGAUCUUCAAGGAGGUCACGCAUUAUGACGGCAUCUUGAUCCUGGAAUGUCUCAACACCGGGCAUUGGUGGUCGGAUCCAUGCCUCAAAGCAGUCGGUACAGCGCAAACAUUGUGCGAUACCCAAUCAUGGACAAGAACAAGCCAGGAUAAAGUCAACAGAUAUUGGGCAGACACACACGAUAUAGGCACCCGUUCACUCUUCCCGGGAUGGAUCAAGAGAUGCAUUGGACUUCGAGCCCUCAGGAAGCAAUGGGACUUUGUCGUAGCUGAGUCCCUCCUCAACAGGUCCGUAAUCAUCGAGCAAGCGAUAAGAACCUCACUGGAUGGAAGCUUGUUUGACUGGUUUAUUCCAUGCAAAGGCACGAACCCCAUGGCACAAGCGGACAUCCUCAUCCAAUACUCCAACGGCUUUUGGGUAUACGACUCACCAGUGAGCUGCCAUCCUGGAGUCCUGAACAUCAACCAGAUUCAAAAGUUUGAUGGCAGCCUGCGAUCCGCUCUCAGCGACAAAGACGACCUGGAAGAGGAUUGGUUCCUCAAUUCAGACCCAUCACAGGGCCUCCGGGUCCACGGGUAUUUGCUGUCUGCAAAGCUCCAUGCCGUGGAAAGCUUGGGCAUGUCAGAUAAAGAAAGGAUCUGGCGCUUCCUUUGGGCCGUUAUGGAAUGUCCGGACUCCGCGCCCAAAAUCGGCUCCAAGUACGUCCUCAGGCUAUUCUGA